AUGGGGGCUCCGCGCCGCCGGCCGCGCGUGUUCCCCGGGUCCCCGCCGGGGCCGUCGCUCCUACUCUUCCUCCUGCUCCUGCGCCCGCCGGGCCUCGGUCUCGCCUCCCCGAGGCUCUUGGACCACCCGGCGCCUGUGUGUUCCCAGGAGGGGCUGAACUGCACAGUCAAGAACAGUACCUGCCUGGACGACAGCUGGAUCCAUCCUCGGAACCUCACCCCCUCAUCCCCCAAAAACGUGCAGACCCAGCUGCGCUUUGCCAGCACGCAGCAAGGACACCUGCUUCCUGUGGUUCACAUCGAGUGGACACUGCAGACCGAUGCCAGUGUCCUCUACCUGGAGGGGGCGGAGCUGUCCAUCCUGCAGCUGAACACCAACGAACGUCUGUGUGUCAGGUUUGAGUUUCUGACCACACUGAGGCAUCAUUACAAGCGGUGGCGGUUUGCCUUCAACCACUUCGUGGUAGAACCCGGAGAGGAGUACGAGGUGACCGUCCACCACCUGCCUAAGCCCAUCCCUGACGGGGACCCAAACCACCAAUCCAGAAACUUCCUGGUGCCCGACUGCGAUGACCCCAGGAUGAAGGACACCACACCAUGCGUGAGCUCAGGCAGCCUGUGGGACCCCAACAUCACCGUGGAGACCCUCGAGGCCCACCAGCUGCGGCUGAGCUUCACCCCGUGGAACGAGUCCACCAGUUACCAGGUCCUGCUGCAUAGCUUCCCGCUCGCAGAGAACCGGAGCUGCUUCCGACAUGUUGUCGACCUGCCCGUGCCUGCACAGGAAGCCGCCCAGCAGCGCUGCCACAUCACGGUCACCCUGCCGGACUCCAGCUGGUGCUGCCGGCACCAUGUGCAGAUCCAGCCCUUCUUCAGCAGCUGCCUCAACGACUGCCUCCGACACUCGGUGUCCGUGCCCUGCCCAGAGGUCCCGCACACCCCAGACCACACGCCCCUGUGGGUGUCUGCGUUCAUCACAGGCCUCUCCAUCCUGCUCGUGGGCUCUGUCAUCCUGCUGAUCCUCUGCAUGACCUGGCGGCUACCAGGUAAGGAGAUCCUGCCCACCGCCACCAGCCUGAGCCCCCCGCCCCUGAAGCCCAGGAAGGUCUGGAUCGUCUACUCUGCAGACCACCCCCUCUACGUGGACGUGGUCCUCAAGUUCGCCCAGUUCCUGCUCACCGUGUGUGGCACCGAAGUGGCCCUGGACCUGCUGGAGGAGCAGGCCAUCUCGGAGGUAGGGGUCAUGACCUGGGUGGGGCGCCAGAAGCAGGAAGUGGCGGACAGCAACUCCAAGAUCGUCGUCCUGUGCUCCCGAGGCACCCGGGCCAAGUGGCAGGCCAUGCUUGGCUGGGAGGAUGCCGCCGCCGUGCAGCUCCGCUGUGACCGCGGGCAGCCGGCGGGGGACCUGUUCACGGCGGCCAUGAACAUGAUCCUGCCGGACUUCAAGAGGCCGGCCUGCUUCGGCACCUACAUCGUCUGCUACUUCAGCGACAUCAGCUGCGAGGCGGACGUGCCCGACCUGUUCAACAUCACCUCCCGCUAUGCGCUCAUGGACCGGUUCGAGGAGGUCUACUUCCGCAUCCAGGACCUGGAGAUGUUCGGGCCGGGCCGCAUGCACCGGGUGGGGGCGCUAGCGGCCCAGAACUACCUGCAGAGCCCCAGCGGCCGGCAGCUCUGCGAGGCCGUGCAGCGCUUCCGCCGCUGGCAGGCCCAGCGCCCGGACUGGUUCGAACUGGAGAACCUCCGCUCGGCGGAGGGCCAGGAACUCCAGUCCCUGGACGAGGAGGCCUUCGAGGAGGAGCCGCUGCCCGGAGGAGGGAUUGUCCGGCAGGAGCCGCUGGUGCGGGAGCCCACUUCCCAGGACCACCUGCUGGUGGAGCUGCUCCUCGCCGGGGAAGGAGGGGGCGGCGUGGCGCGGCUGGAGCCCCAACCCCGGCCCUCGGGGCAGCCAGCAGCCCCAACGCUCCAGACCAUGGUGGUCCCGGUGGACAGGGCCCCUCGGGCUCAGGUAGUGGAGCCCGUCCCACAGGAGGUGGGCAGCGGCGCUGGCCGGCUGGCCCUGGUGGAGGAAGACGAGGCCUGCCCGCUGCUGGGGGGCCAGGGUCCCCUGCGGAACAGCGUCCUCUUCCUCCCCAUGGGACGGCUCCCGCCCCCGCAGCAGAGCCCGAGCCUCCAGGAUGUGCUCACGCCCCCCGAGGAGGAGCAGCGGCGGUCUGUGCAAUCGGACCAGGGCUACAUCUCCAGGAGCUCCCCGCAGCCCCCCGACGAUGACGACGACGACGACGGGGAGGGCGUUGGGGAGGAGGAUGGGGGGCAGCCGCUGUCCCCUCAGGGCCUGGAGAGCCUGCGCAGCCUCCAGCUGCUGCUCUUCUUCCAGGAACUUAGCAAGAACCCUGGUCUUGAGCCGGAGGGGCCGCCAUGCGGGACCCUCCCCCAGCCGGGGCGGUGA